AGAGAUCCGCUCAGCUCUUAAGGAUCCACCUGGACCGUUUGCUAAUGGACGUUGUAGGCUGGAUGAAUUGGUCGGAGGGAUAGUGCGUGUCAACAGUGCAAAAAGGAAUAGUAUACAGCUAGUUUUCAGGAAAAAAGGUGGAACAAAAUUGUGUGUGCUGAAAGAAACCAGGAAAGUCAAAAUGGGUGAAAAGUAGAUGGAAGAUUGUUUCAUUGCACAAGUGAAUACAAGACUUGAAAAAGCUGGAAGAAAAAAGAGAAUAAAGAAAGCCUGUUACAGCAGUAUGUUGUGUGGCUUUUCCUCUGUGUCUCCAUACUUGCAGGAACAGCAGAGAUAUCAUUAACAGGUUUUGUGCUCAGUACAACCUUUUUCUGUCAUUCUCAGAGAGGUCUGGUGAAGAGCUGAAGGGUAAAGAUGGCUCAGGUUCUGCAUAUGGAAACUGGCUUCCCAGGAAAGUCCAACCCAAUGUCUAGCUCCGUUUUUCAAAGCAAGGAUCAAGACCUGCCAUACUCUGUAGAGACUCCAUAUGGGUAUCGCUUGGACCUUGACUUUUUAAAAUACGUGGAUGAUAUUGAAAAGGGAAACACACUCAAGAAGGUUCACGUUCAUCGCAGGCCAAGAUAUAGCUCUCUCCCAAGGGGGUAUGGAUACACCGGGUCUUGGUGGACUUCAACAGAAUCUCUCUGCUCCAAUGCAAGUGUGGAAAGCAGGCAGUCUUCAUAUUCAUACUGUGGGAGAAGUUUCUACCCACAGUAUCCAAUGGAAAACAAGCCACCUCUGUUUCCAGGAGGGUUCAAUGCUAGAGUCGAAAAAACUCUGCUAGAUGCCAAAAAGAAAUUAGAAGAGGAUAAUUUUGAUUCAGUAGAUGGACAGAGACCCAGGAUUGGGAGCUUAGGUAGCUUGCAAGGGAGUAUAUCAGGUUCUGCAAGCUCACUGGUAGGGGCUGGAUUGAAUCAGUCCUUUUCCAAAAGUGCUCCAAGUAUCUCUCAAUCUGGUGGGUGCAGUCAGUUUACUCCUAUGAAUUCUGGCCUUUCGACUCCUGUAUCCCCAUCACCAGCUCACUUGCAGUAUGUUCGGGAGCAGAUGGCAGUUGCUUUGAAAAGGCUUAAGCAGCUGGAAGAACAAGUAAAGAUGAUUCCUGUCCUUCAAGUUAAGAUUUCAGUCCUUCAAGAAGAAAAGCGUCAACUUAGUGUUCAGCUGAAGAGCCAGAAGUUUCUAGGGCAUAUGUCUGGGUUUGGAAAAUCUAGAUCCAGGGGAGAACUUUAUAUUGACAUUCCAGAAGAAGAAACGGACCAAAAUAAUGAUGUAUUCUCACCUUGUAGUCCACGUCAAGAUUCAGGAUGUGAGACAGAAGAGUCCACACUGUCAAAACGUGUUAGUCAAACACCCAAGAAGGAAACAAGAUCAGUAAGUGUUGGUACAGAUGAAAGUGCGAAGGAAUGUGAAAGCGAAGUAAAUAAAACCAGUGCAGCAUUAAAAACUGUAGUAGAAUGUAAAAGUGUAGGGGUAUUAGUAAAAGAACAUGACUUGGGGCUACCUUCAACAGUAACCCAAGAUGAAAAAGAACAGCAGUGUCGUACUAUUGAGUCCCUCUGUUCUAAGAUUUCAGUCCUGGAGAUGCAGCUGAAGAAAGCACUGCAGGAGCUUCAACUUGCUCAGCAAAAGCUGGAGGAGCAAAAACCCAAGCAGACAUCUGAGAAGGGUCAAGAGGUUAAGCCUACAACCGCAGAUGCUAUUAGUAUGACAACUGUGGGAUGGAAAGAAUUACAAGGUGAGCACAACAAGGAGGUUUCAGAUGUUGGUCUUCAGACAGUUCGACCAUCUGAACAAGUAGUUCAGCGGACAGUGGGAGUCCAAGCUUAUACAUCAUUACAGCCUACUGGUGAUGUUGAGCAGGAUUCAAAGCAACCUGUCACACAGGACCAGUUAAAAAUUAGUCACAGAGUGAAGGAAUUAGAAUAUCGUGAAGCAGGGAGUUCUGGCAGCAAAGAUAUUUCUCUCAGUGUACAUACGCAGCUGCCCAGUGAACAUGGAAAAGUAGAAGUCAGCCCGCCACAAGUCACAGUUUAUGAAACUCUGGUUGCAAGUGCAAGCACAGUACCAUACACUAUUUACAAGAGUAGUGAGUCACUUGAGAGAGCUUUUCCUGUCCAGUCAAACCCAUCAACUGGUAAUCAGCAUAUUGUGAAAAAGAUAAGCAUUAAAACAGAUACAUGGGGAGAGGAAGUGAAAGACAGUAAAACGCUGCCUGUACAAGCUGUAGUGACCGAGUUAAAAUCCACUGCAGCCCAGGAAGGAGAAGAUGGUACAUCUGCUACAAGUAACAACAGCCUCCAGUUUGUGGAAGUGAAUGGCGGUUACAAUGCCAUUUCUUCAGAGUCCAGCUCAGAUGACAGCUCCUCAGACAACGAGAGCUCCGCAAGUGAAUACCACGAAGCCAGUGAGGCACCCAUGGAGGGGCAAUUUCACAAAGCAGAGAGCAGGCCAACCCAGGCAGAGGAGCAAGGCAGCAGCAGUGGGAGAGAAAGGUUGACAGAUGUCUCCACAACAACAAGAACGGACAGUGCAAGCAGUCAGUGGAUUCUAAAACAUCGGUUUACAUUGAGUGACAGCCUGGUAUCAGCCUCUGUGGCUCUUCAGAAGCACCUGGAAAAUCCAGACUCCAAAGACAUGAAGGCAGCUUACAGUGCAGUGUUACAGGAAUGGUUACGAGUCUCUUGUCACAAGGGCGCAGACGCAGAAGUGGUUCAACAGCAUAUGAUGGUCUUCAGAGCGAUGUCGCCCAAGCUUCUGGAGUUCAUCAUUAAUAUGGGUGAUGGCAACGGGAACACUGCCUUGCAUUACACCGUUUCACACUCUAAUUUCCCAGUAGUCAAACUUCUACUGGACACUGGUAUGUGCAGUGUUGACAAACCAAACAAAGCAGGGUACACUGCCAUAAUGCUCACUGCACUAGCAGCUGUCCGAUCGGAGAGUGAUAUGGACACGGUGAUGCAGCUUCUCCGCCUUGGAGAUGUUAAUGCCAAAGCAACCCAGGCAGGUCAAACAACCUUGAUGCUUGCGGUAAGCCACGGACGGUUAGACAUGGUGAAAGCCCUCCUUGUGUGUGGAGCAGACAUUAACCUACAAGAUGAAGAUGGAUCCACUGCACUGAUGUGUGCCUGUGAACAUGGGCACAUGGAGAUAGUCAAAGCCCUGCUGGCUGAGAAGAACUGCAACGUGGCAUUGACAGAUAAUGAUGGCAGCACCGCUCUCUCUAUAGCACUUGAAGCAGGCCAGAAGGCGAUCGCAUCACUACUUCAGAGUCAUUUGAAUUGCAAUAACUCAUCAUAUCCAGUAAGAUUCUCUUUGUACUUGUAUAUUAGUACUUAUUUAGCUUUUGAACAAUUUCCUUGUUAUGAAAGUUGA